AUGGAUCGAUCCUCAAUGUACGGCAUCGGUGGCCUGUCUGCCUUGCAGCCAGGUUCCAACACCCUUGACGCUUCCAUGACCGGAAUGUUGCAAGACGGAAUGCUCACAGAUUUCGAUGGCAUGCCUGUGACCCUCAAUGCCAACAGUCUCGAUGACGGCACUGGGAAGUCAUAUAUGCCUCUGGAUACCACCAUGUCACAUAACGAGGCCGAGAAAACCGAUGGUGGACGGGCAAUCGGGUCUGGGGCUGUGGACCGACCUGUGAACACUGCUGGAGCGGGACCAUUACCUAGCGAUUUCGGUGCACAGUCAACACUUUCUAGUAGCAGUACGCUUACGGAAUUUAUGAAGAGGAAGAAUUGGUCGCAGCGCAUCAUCGAAGAGCUGCAAGACUUCUUGCAUGUUCUUACUCCGGACGGGCGAAUAGUCUACCUUUCACCGAGUGGCGAACAUCUGACUGGAUAUCCACAAGACGAACUCUUAGGGAAGUUUAUCAUCGAUUUCAUACAUCCAGAUGAUAGUGGAAUAUUUAUGCGGGAGUUCAACGAGUCCAUAGCGAGUGGGAAUCCUCUGCAGUUUUUCUAUCGUUUCCGGAAGAAGGAUGGCACAUACACGAUCUUCGAGUCUCACGGGCAUCCCCACCUUACGUCUGAAGCUGCUGCGUUUAGGCCAAGCAACUCAGCAGGUUUCUGUCGGGGGUUCUUCAUGAUGGCUCGCCCCUAUCCGACUAAGAAUGCCGCAUUGCUGGAUUCGUUUUUGGAGCACAAGAUCGAGAAUGAGCGACUGACGAAGCGUAUCAAUGAGUUGAAGAGGGAAGAAGCAGAAGAAGCGGAGGAGGCCCAGAGGCUCUGGCAAAAGAAGCAAGAGGGCCGUUCAGAUAUCCCAUCCGAGGAGAUCGAUACAGUUGGGGGAGCUUCAACUUCAAGAACAAUAACGGGCCUUAUGACAAACCCCUUAGCGAUGCCCCCUCCUGCAAAGCCAUCGAAUGGGGCCCUGACUCGACAGAACCUGGAGGAUGCUAAUGCAGGCAGCAAGCCAGAUUCUAUCACUGAUAAGAUGGCUCGUUACGAAGGCGCCACACACAUUGAAAGCAUCGAGAUGCUGACCGGCCUACGGUAUCAAGAUGGAGAGAGAAGUCUCGGCAUCAGUACCGGCGGCCAGAGCCCAGCCCUAGUCCGAGGAGACGCCGGUAUUGCAAUCCCCGCGGACAAAGAAUCGAGUGGUGGCGAGAAGAAGAAGAAAAUCAAACUCCCCGAUGAAUACGUCUGUACUGAUUGCGGGACUUUGGAUUCGCCCGAGUGGCGCAAGGGGCCAAGUGGGCCUAAGACACUCUGUAACGCUUGCGGUCUUCGAUGGGCCAAGAAAGAGAAGAAGAAAACGGUUCCGCCUCCUGUUUCUUAG